GUUUCCGGAAGUCAGCUGAGCGAAGAUCCAUCUGUUUAGCUUCAAGAGUAAUGGAACAAAUACAGUGAUCCAUUUACCCGGGAGUCUCGGUGUGUGUCUGAAUGCACUUCAGCAUUCAGCGAGAUCGGUGUCUGCAAGCCAUGGCUCAGCCUGAGAAGAAAGCAGGGCUCCUGAGGAGAACAUCCUCCUCGAAGAAGCCUCUGAAGGAGAAAGUGGUGCUGAUGUACGAGGAGAUAUUUGCAAAGGAAGACCCUACUAAGAACAAUCCUCGCUUCUGGGAUGAGCUGUUUCUGAUGAAGGUCAAUCUGGAGUAUCUGGAGGGGAAGUUGGAGUCUCUGGACGGGGAUGAAGUCGUGAAAAUCAAAGACAACAUCAACAGUUUGUUCCAUCACUGUGUUCAAGCUCUGACUGAGGAGCACCAGAUCAAAGUAGUCAAUGCGCUUCAGACUCUCUGUGCGCUGUUUCGAGGAGUUCACCAGAAGAACAAAUCCGCCACAGGCUUUGACAUCAUCAACAUGCUGAUGGGCUUCGACAAAGCUGAGCUCCGAAUGAAGGAGCUAAUGGAGAGCCUGGACAGUCUGCUGUGCGGUGAUGGAUCAGAGAGUCUGAAGAGUUUGUGUCUGAAACUACUGCUGUGUCUGGUCACUGUGACAGAUAAUAUCAGUCAGAACACCAUACUGGAGUAUGUGAUGAUCAACAGUAUAUUUGAGGCCAUUCUACAGAUUCUGUCUGAGGUUUCCAGUCGAGCGCAGCACGGAUAUGAUGCUGUGGUACUUUUAGCUCUGCUGGUGAACUACAGGAAGUAUGAGUCUGUGAAUCCUUAUAUUGUGAAACUGUCGAUAGUGGACGACGAGCCGACCCUGGAUGGCAUGGGAAUGGUCAUCCACCACGCACUUGCUGAGUACAAUAGACAGUAUAAAGACAAAGAAGAGGAAAACCAGGGAGGCUUUUUCUCCACCCUCACCAGCAUGGUGGGCAGUAUGUUUAUCGCUGACGCAGAUGAGAAGCUGUCAGUACAGACUAAUGAAGCCAUCCUGCUCGCUCUCUAUGAGGCCGUUCAUCUCAACAGAAACUUCAUCACAGUUCUUGCACAGAGCCAUCCGGAGAUUGACAUCGCAACAACCCCAGCUGUGCCCGUCCCAGCCUCUCCUCUGACCCCGCUGGGCACCACACCGCCCUCUCUGGACAUGAUGAAUAAUCCUGAGCUUCCUCUGGACCCAAACCUGCAGACAAGUAAUCUUCUUAUAACCUUCCUCAAGUAUUCCUCCAUCGUAAUGCAGGACAUCAAAGAUGAACACAGACUCAACAGUGCCAGGCUUUGCCUCAUCAUUCUGACCUGCAUAGCCGAGGACCAGUACGCCGACGCCUUUCUCCACGAUGAUAACAUGAACUUCAGGGUCAACUUGUACAGAAUGCCCAUGAGGCAUCGAAAGAAAGCGGCGGAUAAGAGCAUCCCCUCUCAGCCUUUAGUUUGUGCGGUUCUGGAUCUGAUGGUCGAGUUCAUCGUUACUCAUAUGAUGAAGGAGUUUCCUAUGGAUCUCUACGUACGCUGCGUUCAGAUAAUCCACAAACUGAUCUGCUACCAGAAGAAGUGCAGAGUUAGGGUGCACUACACUUGGAGAGACUUCUGGUCAGCUCUCAUUAACCUUCUGAAGUUCCUGCUGUCUAAUGAGACCAUCCUUCUGGCGAAGCACAAUAUCUUCCAGCUGGCUCUCCAGGUGGUGAACCUCUUUAACAUGUUCAUCACGUACGGAGACACGUUUCUGCCCACGCCCAGCAGUUACGACGAGCUCUAUUAUGAGAUUAUACGCAUGCAUCAGGUGUUUGAUAACCUCUACUGCAUGGUGCUGCGAGUCUCCACCAACGCAGGCCAGUGGAAGGAGCCUGCUAGUAAAGUUACUCAGGCUCUCGUCAACGUCAGAGCCAUUAUUAACCACUUCAACCCUAAGAUUGAGUCGUACGCCGCUGUGAACCACAUCUCACAGCUCUCAGAAGAUCAGAUGCUCCCGCAUGCCCUCUAACAGACCUCUGUCCAGCCUCUCUGGCUCUCUUAGUUUAGUUUAAGUUUGGGGAUUUGUGGUCCAUCAGCCCUUUUCAUGCCCUGGAGUGUCCCAGUUAAACUCCAGACCCAUUCGAUUUAAAAUUACUGUGCACAAUGU